UAUCGGUUCGGUGUUGUAAAGUGUUGUUCGUUUCUAUUGCGUGUUUUAGACAUGGUUUAACAUCUGGACUGCUUGUAGUGUUAUGGACUAUUGGAUUGCUAUUUACAAUAAUAUAAACCCAGGGAUGUAGACAGCAAACUACCAUCGUGGGGGCUGCACCUUCGCAUGAGAAGAUGGCCCAGGUGGAGACCCCCGGAGUACAGCGCGGGGUGGCGGGUGUUGGAAGGAUACGCAGGAAAGGCACCCCCAUCCCCGUCCUGCCUCCCAGGGUUCCCUCGCCCAUGCCGCCCCCAAACACUAGGACUCCCAAAGCAGGAGUGGAGGUGGCGCUAUCCUCUGUUCAACGGAAAGUCCUGAAGGCACAAAUGGCGGAGAAGCUCCUGCAGGAAGAAGCGGAUCCAAUGAAAUCCUGGAUAAACCCAAGAAUAUUCUCUAAGGUGAACCCAGACGCAGUGACGGCCCCGGAGUUCCCCCUAGGCCGCGUGUACCGUCCCCCGCCAGAGCCCGAGCUGUACCGGUCCCCUCCUAGGAGCCGACCGCCCGUCGCUCCCGCGGCCAGUAGUGCGCCGACUGUGGAGGACCUGCAACCACGACGGCCGCGCGCCACCAUGGAGCGGUACUCGCGACACCAACUGAUCACCGGCGCGGUGCCCGUGGUCGGGGAGGUGUUUAUAGACGGGCCCCUGAGUGGACUCCCGCCCGUGGACCGCAGGAGGAGUUCUAGUCAGCCGCCCCCGUCGCACACCCAGCUAGGCACCCCUGCGCAGGCUUCGGCUGCUGCCGCUUUCUUUGCCAGGUAA